AUGAAGGCCAACUUUAUUCUCUUCCUUGUUUCCGUCUUCUUAUUUGCUUUGGCUUCUGCCAAUCCUAGAGCUGGUCCCUAUCCUAAUGCUAGAGCUGCUCCUUUUAGAAGAAGUCCCCAAACUGAAGCGCAAGAUUGCACGGUCGAAUGUCAAAAGAAAUACACGGAGUGCAUUAGUGGUACCACCGGUUAUGGUUAUAAUGACGUAUAUGCUCAAAAUGACUGUCAAAAUAAA